GAAUAUUUUGAAAAGAGCAUUAAUGACAAAGGUGAUGAGGUGAAGAUUUGCAAAAUUUUGGAUGAAAGGACAAACAUGGAAUUAUUGAUUGGGAUGAUACAAUUGUUUCAAAAAAAGUAUGAUAAGCAAUUGAGCAUGCUACGAAACUCCAAAAUUACAAACUUUGCACGAAGUUAUCGUCCUCAUCCUAAACAUAUUCAAAAGAGACAGGAAGAAGUAACUUUUAUUGGAUAUUACUCACAAACCAAUCUCUAG